AUGUCAAAACAGCCUAUUAUAAGUAGAUUUUUUAAAUCUGUUAAGAAAUCAAAAAAUGAUGCAAUAGAAUUGUCUGUUAGUGCAAAUAGUGCGAUGCCAGAACCUAUACUAAUUGAUAUUUCAAAUGAAGUUAAAGAUGACAGAGUAUCGUCAGAUUUACUACGAUCAGGGAGCUCAGAAGACACCGAAACAAGAAAUAGUUCGAUACAUGUUACGUCACUAAAUGAUACAGAACUUUCUAAUCCCACUGAUGAUCUCAUAACAGAAGAAGAUGAAAUUAUCAAGGAAACAGAUAAAGUAGAAAAUAUUUCUAAUGGUCAACGUUCUUCUACCUUUUUAAAGACGCUUAAUAAUAUUAUGUCAAAGAGAAAAAGGGUUACGAAUGAACAUAUUGAUGAAAUUGAUGAACCUUCCACUGAAGCAGCUGAAGGUAGUUAUAAUACCAAAAAGAGUAAAAAAACUAAUACCGAUCAAUUGACACCAUUAGAUAAACAAAUAAAAGAUAUAAAAAUCAAAAAUAUGGAUAAAGUUUUAAUAGUUCGUGUCGGUUAUAAAUACAAAUGUUUUGCUGAAGAUGCUAUCAUCGUCAGCCAACUGUUACACAUUAUGCUUAUUCCUGGAAAACUUAGUAUAGACGGAUCCAACCCACAGGAUAAAAAUUACAAACAAUUCGCAUACUGUUCAUUUCCUGAUAUAAGACUGAAAGUUCACUUGGAAAACUUGGUGCACCAUAAUCUCAAAGUAGCGAUAGUAGAACAAACAGAAACAAGCGCUAUUAAAAAAGUUCUCCCCUCUUCCAAAUCUUCCUCAGUUUUUGAAAGACAGAUCACUGGUGUGUUUACAAAAGCCACGUUUGGUGUUAACUCUACAUUUACAAACCUGAGAGAAAAGUUUGUUCUUGGCCAUAAUAAUUCAAUAUGGAUUUUGAAAUUAAAUCUCGUUAUAAAUGAACUAAACUUAAAAAAUAAUGAUCUAUUUGAGUUUUUUCUGAUCUCAGUAAAUCUAAACAGUGGAGAAGUUGUGUACGAUUCCUUUACUGAGCCAAUUAAUAGACUCGAAAAGUUCGAAACACGUUUACUGCAUUUAAACCCUGUUGAAGUUCUAACUACAGAAGAAUUUCCUGAAUUAAUUUCUAAAAAGUUGAAAGGUAAGGAAUGUUCCAUAAUAAAACAGUCUAAAGAUAUACCUAAUGAUAUUGUUCCUACGAAAGAAUUAGAUGAAAUAGUCAAAGGAAAUGACAUGAAAGAUGUGUUUCGCUCGUUACUUUAUCACCUUUAUUUUUAUUUAACGGAAUAUAAUAAUCAGAAUAUCCUAAAGCUUCCAACUAACUACAAGCAUUUUCUGACCAACUCCUCAUUUACAUUAGAUAAAAACACAAUUCAAAGUUUAGAUAUAUUCUCUAAUGACUGUGGUAAAGGAUCUUUGUUUUGGUUAUUAGAUCAUACAAGAACUGCAUUCGGAUCCAGACAAUUAAGAGAUUGGGUUCUACAUCCCUUAACAAACCAGGUAUUAAUUGAAGAAAGGUUAAAUUCAAUUGAAGCAUUAGUUACUGAAAUAGAAAAUAUUUUUUUUGAUUCUUUAAAUAAUCUGCUGAAAAAUACACCAGACAUAUUGAAGACCAUCAACCGUAUAUCAUAUGGUAUUACAUCAAGAAAAGAAGUAUAUUACUUCCUCAAGCAGAUGAAACAAUUUUAUGAUCAUUUUCAGGUUCAUAACGAAUUUUUGAGUAGUGAAGUAAUUAAUGAAAAUGGUUUGAUUAACAAAAAGUCACCAUUUCUUUUUAAUUUAUUUAAAACUAUAAAUGAAAAUUUACUAACUUCAAGAAUACCUGAAUUAUUAGCUAUGAUCAAUAUUUCAGCAGUACUAGAUAAAGAUCCUAAAAUACAAGUGUGUGAGUUUUUUAACCUUAAUAACUAUUGUAAUUCGGAGAAUAUGACGAGUAUUCAAAGGGAAAUAGGCUCGAUCAAGAAUGAACUACAAGAAGAACUACAAAAUAUAAAAAAUAUUUUGAAGAGACCACAUUUAUCAUUCAAAGAUGAAACAGAAUACCUAAUUGAAGUAAGAAAUACUCAAGUAAAAGGUAUACCAGCUGAUUGGGUUGUAGUUAAUAGAACAAAAAUGAUUAGCAGAUACCAAACGCCUAAAACUAAAUUACUGUGUGAAAAGCUUCAAUUCCAAAACGAAUUAUUAUACAAUGAAGCUAACUCUGAAUACUUGUCAUUUGUCAAAUGUAUAAAUAAGGAAUAUACAAAGCUCCAUCAAAUAAUUAGUAAUUUUGGAGUAUAUGAUGCGCUUCUUUCUUUAUCAGCCACUUCAAAUUACACCAAUUAUGUUAGACCAAAAUUUACAGACGUACCACAGUAUAUUCAAGCAUCAAAUUCAAGAAACCCCAUAAUCGAGUCAUUAAAUUUGAAUUAUGUUCCGAAUAAUGUAACGAUAUCACAGAAAGAAGGUAGUUUUUUAAUUAUUACAGGUCCAAACAUGGGUGGGAAGUCAUCAUAUAUUAGGCAAGUAGCUCUGUUGAUAAUAUUAAGUCAAAUUGGAUCUUUUGUCCCCGCUGACGUGCUAGAAAUUAGUAUUUUUGAUAAUGUUCUAACAAGAAUUGGAGCGUAUGAUAACUUGUUACAAGGUCAGUCGACAUUUAAAGUAGAAUUACAAGAAAUAUUACACAUCAUAAAAAACUCUACUGAAAAUUCUUUAUUAUUACUUGAUGAAGUCGGCAGAGGAACCUCAACGAAAGAUGGCCAAGCUAUUUCGUGGUCUUUAAUAAACUAUUUCGUAACACUACCAUCGUGCCCAGUAGUUCUAUUUACUACUCAUUAUUCAAAUCUCACAAAAAAUUUAUCAUCAAAAGUAAUUCAAAAUUACUAUAUGGAUUUUGUCGAAAGAAAAUUAGAAGGAGAAUCAUGGACUACAGUUGUUUUCCUAUAUAAAUUAAAGAAGGGAUUGACAGAUAAUUCAUAUGGUUUAAAUGUCGCAAAAUUAGCACAAAUUGAUGCACGUAUAAUAAAUGAGGCUCAUUCUGCAUCUGAAACCAUGCGUGAUGAAGAAGAAAUUGAACCAAAGUUAAAUGUUAUAUAUACAAUGAAGAAUAUUUUAUCAUCUUCACUUGAUAAUGCUGAAAAAGUUUCCUCUUUAAUUACAUUAAUUGACUCGACAACAAAUGAAGAAGAAAAUAGUAAAUAA